UUUGUCUUCAGUGCACCAUGACAGAAAAACACACCAAAAUCACACCUGCUAUCGUCAAGGAAACCCGCAAAAAACGCCUCAAGCAGCUGAUAAACAAACUCCACGAUCUGAAAAACGAUAAGUACCUACGAAUCAACCAUUUGGGAAAGAUUGAGUGUAGGCUGUGCUACACCACGCAUACCAACGAGUCAUCGUACAUUGUGCACCGGUCGAGCAUGCGCCACCAACUGCUGGCAGAAAAGCAGUUCAAAAGGGAUCGAAUGCUAAACAACCAGCCAGAAUACAGAAUGUACAGUGUUGGAGAUGGUGAUUAUCAGGGAUACCUUGUCAAAAUAAGGACGAAAUACGAUGUUGCGUACAAAAUUGUGAAGGCGCUGGAGCAGAAUGUUGAGCCUGUAAAUCAAAAUUACAAUUACUUGGUGUUCAAAGUGAAGGGGCACGAUAACAUCGGACUACGAGUACACGCAAGCGAGGAUUACAGGAUUACAAAGCAUUUUGAUGGUCACAAUUUCAAAUUGCAGAUUCUAUGCAAGAGAAGGGACGAUUAACACGAGAAAGGAAGCCGGUAAAAAGUUGGCGUACUAAAUCGCUUGAACAAAUCAGCAGGUACUUUUCGCACCGAAAAGAUUUACUUAAACAACCGUUGACAGAGCCCCAUCAGCAGGUAUCAUCGUGCUGCUCGGUGCACUCAUCCUACGUAAACAUCAAAGCUACCACCUCGCACACCAAAAUUAAACGAAAUAUUCUUCCUAAGCAGCAUCACAUGCGCUGUCAGGCCAAUUCAUGAGCGAAUAUGCCUGGCCGUGAUGUACGUGUCACGGAGAGACUCAUCCACUGCUGCAGAACUCACAAUCACUGUUCGGUACUUCGUACGUUUUUCACUUUCAAUUCAAGUCCCAUCAUUGACAUGCACUGCUUGGCACGGAAUAGAACACAGUCGUAGCUUCUUUUUAUUUCUGUGCUCAUUUCUACGGUCAGCAGGUAAUCAAGCAUCUCUUUCACGUACAUCACGUGUGUUUCUUCGAUGAAAUCGUUGUUCAACACUCGGUUAAGAUAAAACUCGAGUAUAAUUCGGUGAGUCGUACUGUCAGACUCGCCUUCCUUCAAUUCUGAAACGAACUUAAGCUGAUGCAGGAUGUCGUACUUUUU